AUGAGGCACCGGCAGCUGCUGCGCCAGCUGCUGCUCUGCUCCAAAGCCUACAGGGUCCUCAGCCCUCCCAUCCUCCUCCUCCUCCUCCUCCUUGUCGUCUCUCGCUGCUUCCUUGAUCUAGGGGAACAGCACCCUCAGCAUGAGCAGGGGAGUAGCGGGGAGUUCAGCACCCCGAAGAUCGUCCUGACGUCUCCAGCUGAGGAGAGGGCAUCAGAGCAGGUCAACGAGAUUGGAGGACCGGGCGAGAAGAAGCAUGAGGAGAAUGAGCAAGAGCAUAAGAUUAACGUCAGUCAGAGAGGAGGACUGUUUGUUCCCACCUACGGCGAGAUCACCGAUUCUAUAUGUGUCUUCCUGGUCCCUGGGCAUGGUCUGACUUUUCUUGUCUCUUCGAUUGCUGGAAUGACAGAUAGCUUCCUGGAGAGACAGAGAACCCUAGGGCCGAGAAUUCUAGCCGAGGAUGUCUUCUUUAAAGCGGAAAAUCAUGGUUCGCAGGUCCUUGUGCACACUCUCCUUGCAACAAACCUGGCGUUGAAGGAGAUCGACGUGAGCUGGGUAACUCAGCUCACGUCUGACCGCCUGGAUGGCUUCAAAGCGAUGAUGGCGAGGCGAGCAAACUCUUGCUCAUCGGCUUCAUCAGAACUGCAGCGGGACCUCGACCUCAUUCGGCCGCUUCGCGACAGGGUUGACUUCCAUCUCGUCCUGGCAGAUCUACAUCCUGGCAGGCUCUACCCAGUGAACACCUUGAGGAAUCUGGCCAUGGAUAAGUGUCGAACUCAGUGGAUGGUGUUGGUUGACGCAGACUUCGUGCCAAACGAUGACGUAUACGACCUGCUGCUGCCGCGUCUCGAACCAUGGGGAAAGACAGGAGGCAACGAAAUUUACGUGCUUCCCGCCUUCCAAAUGCAAGACAAAGAGAAAGGCAUACCUCGAAACAAGAUGGAACUCCUGUCACUCGGUCCGGCCGUCAGUCAGGUUCAUCCAGAGAAAGGGAGGGACAUCGCUCACAAGUACACAGACUAUGAGAGAUGGAGAGUGUCGAGUGAGAUCUACGAGAUUCAGUAUAGAAUGCCUUACGAGCCAUACUAUGUCGCCAACAAGCGGAUCCCAAGAUAUGAAAGCGCAUUCGUGGGCUAUGGAAAUGACAAGACGGGUCAGUGCUAUGAGGUGUGGAGGUCCAGAAUGAAGUACAAGAUUUUGCCGGAUUGUUUUGUCUUCCACAUGGACCAUCCUCGGGGGGACUGGCUCAAGUUUGACACAGAGUGGAUCAUUCGUGGGCCAUCAACUCUGGAGACCUUCUUGAAGGAAGUUCAUGUGCGAUACACGGGAAACAAAUCAACUCCACACGAGGCGGGGGUGAAUCUGCAUGUGAUAGCAGGGGAGCAGGGGGAGAGCUGCGAGGACGCAUGUCUGAAGAGAAACCUCAGCUGCCGAGCGGAGCAUGGACUAGAAGUGAACGACUGCGAGAGGGUCAAAGAAGCCCUAGGGGGACUUUGUGAGGGAUCGUGCAGCCAGGCGUUGUUCGGCAACGACCUUCCAGCCUUCAACCACAAGUACAACAUGUGUCUGGUGAACCAGAAGCCCGGGGAGUACCCGCUGUCCUGCCGGAUCAGACAGCCGGACUCGAAUCGCGUUUGUCCCUGUGGGGAGAAGCUAGAGCAAUGGCUGACGGAGCAUUGGGUGGAGGAGAUAAAGAACAAGAGUCUGGAAGAGUUUCAGUUGACAUGGUUCAAGUGA